AACACUGCAGCCAACAGAAAGAAGGGGGGAAUAAAAACCAUUCAGCAAUCUAGGGGGAGAAACUCAGUGGAGAGAGAGAGAGAAUGAAAGAAUGAAAGAAGAAGAGAGUUUUUCGUGCAGCUCGUGUAAAUCACUGUUUAUGGCUCACUGAGAUUGUUUGAGUUGUUCAUGAUGAAUUGUUGUUGUGUGAAACAGCCUCUCACUGACUUUCCUCCGUCUUCCUGUUUGGACUCAUGAACCCGAGCAGUGUUUUAUCAGCCUCAGUCCGGGUCAGUCUGGUUGUCUGCGGUUUCCUGCUGGCGGUGAGUGUGUGUUCAGAGCUCAGAGUGUUGGUGCGGCUGAACGAUGGUCAGAUAACUGCAGAGACUUUAGAGUCAGACAGCAAGAGAGACAUCAUCAGUGUAGAGUUCAGGCACACAGACGGCACUCUCAUCACCUUCCUGGCGGAUUUCAAGCAGCAUGUGAAGAUCCUACGGGUGCUGGUGCUGGGGGAACCGGAGCGGGGCCAGACACAGUACCAGGGCCUGUGUUUCAUCAGCAGGCUAGAACAUGGAGAGAUCAUCCCAAGUGAGGCCAUGGUCAGACUGAGACAGAAAAACCCUCAUAUGGUGCGGACUGCCGAGGAGAAGCGUGGUCUCGAGCGGAUGACCAUGAACAUGGUGGUGAAUCUGACUCUAUCCUGGCACCUGAGCUCCCACAUCCGCAGCAUGUGCCACGAUGCCCAAGACUUCAUCUUCACACGGGAACAGGAUGUUAAAUACUGGCUAGAAAAGGGUGUGGAAGGCUCCGUAUUCAAAGUGGUUCCCCAGAACGUCGAGAGUGCAGGCCUGCCGAGUUGCGGUGCUACUACGGAUCCGUGGCAGCCGUGCUUGUGUAGCUAUACCCUGAGACUGGAGUGGUACCCGUGCAUGCUGAAAUACUGCCGUGGCCAUGGGCCGAGCCCGUACAAGUGUGGGAUCAGGAGCUGCAGCAAGGCCUACCACUUCAACUUCUACACCUCAAGCAAGCAGCUGUGCAUGUGGGAUGAAGAGAGCUAAAGGUGGAUUUGUUGGAGGAUUAUCAUCACGAUAUGUUUUUGAGCUCCGGUAUCUUCAGGUUUGUCUUUAUUUUAAACUUGAGACAUCAAGCCAGGUCAUGAGGUUCGUUUCUGCUGUCACGACAGUGUAGCCGCAAGGCAGAAAGUCACAUGACUGAUAGGCUAAUAGGUUAAAUUCCCUCCUGGGAAAGGUGUGUGUGUUUGGAUUCUGUCUGCGGUCAUUGUUGACAUUGUUAACAUUUAUUAGUGACUUUCUAUGUCUGAACUAGGAAGAACAUGUAUAGUAGAAUUUAUUAUCAUGCCAUGGGAGUCAUUUUUAUUUUGUGUAUAUUAUUAGUGUUAAACACUCAUUGGCCACUGUAUUAGGAAAGCGGACAUGUCCACCUGCAAAUACGUUCAAUUGUUAAGUCUGCCACAUGAUUUUUAAAGGUCCCAUGGCAUGAAAUUUUCACUUUCUGAGGUUUUUUAACGUUAAAAUGAGUUCCUCUGACCUUAAGUCACCCCAGUGGCUAGAAAUUUCAUAAUGUGUAAACCAAACUAUGCCCAACAUUUGAGAAUGGCGCGUCAAAACGGCGCGUUGAUAAACUCUUCCCUUUACUACGUCAGCAAGGGAGAUGAUCCCCACGCCCCCCCUCUGGAUUCCCACCCACUGUAUGAAUUGCCCCGCCCAGUUGUAGUGAGGAGACCACAGAGGACACAACAACAUGGCAUCGCCUAAGCGAGCGAAACAUGGAAAUUGCGCUGUACAUGGAUGUGACAACACAGAAAAGAGUCUGUUUUUACUGCCGACGAGAGAGCCCCUGAAGACGCAGUGGCUUAAUUUUAUUUACUCCAAUAAUACGCCGUCGAGUCUACCUAAGACGGUGUAUGUUUGUCGGAAGCAUUUUCCUGAGGAAUGUUUCCACAACUUGGGACAGUACAGGGCAGGUUUUGCACAUCAACUGUCACUGAAGCCUGGGUCCGUACCAAGCAUCCCUGCCGCAUCAGCAACAAACACCGAACAAGUAAGUGUAGAACUGUUAAGUCGUUUUGCCGUGUUUUAAAAUCGGUGCCACGUUAGCCUUGCAAUGGCUACAUUAGCUGUGCAGCUAACCGCUUCCUGCAGUUAGCCAGGUAAUCUGCGCUACAAAACCAAAAAGCAUGCAGCAUGCUCUGUUAUAAUAGCCAAUCAAAACAGCUUUUACAAAGACACCCACAUUCUUUUUUUUUUUUUUUUAAGUCACUCGUUCAUUUUAUUUGUUUGUUUGUUCAGUAAAAACCCAAACAUUUGAAUUUAUUUUAUUUCCUCGUGUCGCACCUUAAUGACGUCAGCGCGCGGUAUUUUUCCCUUCGCGGUUUGUUCCUUCUCUCUCGCUAUAGUAAGACACCCACAUCCGCUUGUUCUGACCCACUGGAGGUAGCGUCACAGUGCUGUUAGCCAAUCAGAGGUAACACGUUUGCAUGUCAUGAAUAUUAAUGAUAAGACCCGCCCCCACCCUCUACCCUUCCCCGCCUCCAUGCUUCUCAUUAGCAAAACGACGCACUGGGAAAAGUGCUGAAAUGGGGCUUUCUCCCAGGAGGCUAUAUCUACGUGCCGAGGGUUCAUUUUGAGAAAGGCUGCGGAUAUAACAUCCGGAAACCUCCACGAGCCCGUUUAAAGCAUCAACAAACCACCAUGCCAUGGGUCCUUUAAAAUCAUGUCGGAACAGGUCAAGAGCUUCAGGUGAUGUUCACAUCAAACGUCAGAAUGAGUGGAAAUGAGAUCUCUGUGGUGUUGACCGUGGUAUGGUUUUUGGUACCAAACUGAGUAGUUUGAAUUUGAGGAUUCCAGGGAUUUUCAAGCCCAACAGCCUCUAAAGUUUAGACAAAGCAGGGCAAAGAAACAGCUUGUUGAUGAGAGAGGUAACUCAAAUAACCACUCUUUACAACUGUGGUGAGCAGAAAAGCAUCUCUGAACACAUACCAUGUCAAAGCUUGAGGCAGAUGGGCUUCAACAGCAGAACACCACCUCAGGUUCUACUCCUAAGAACAGGAAUCUGAGCCUACACUGGACAGAGGCUCACCCAGACUGGACGACGAUGACGACUUCUUCCUCCCCAUUAAGUAAAGCUCUUGACCUGUUAUCUGCUUUAUUUUAUUAACUGUUCUGCUGCUACAUGAUUGGCUGAUUGGAAAACUGAAUGAAUAAUCAGCUCUUCCUAAUAAAGUGGUCAGUGAGUGUAUAUUAUAUUACUUGAGUAUCUGGAAUUUUCUUAUUCACCUGUAGUAAUAUCUAAAGACGAUAUUUAAGUUAUUCCACAAAAUCGAGUCGUACAUGAGCUGAUCACCGACAAGGCACGUAGCGCUGAGUUGGCUAUAAGCCAUGUUCGACGAUAUUUAGUGGAAUAACUGUUUUAUUCAAUCCACGUUCGCUGGAUUUUGAGAAAUGGAGCAUUUUUCAUCUCAUCUCAUUAUCUCUAGCCGCUUUAUCCUGUUCUGCAGGGUCGCAGGCAAGCUGGAGCCUAUCCCAGCUGACUACGGGCGAA